AGCCUGGCUCUUCGGGCAGGGCUGGUGCCGGCUCACGCGUGGCCUCUUCCACCUCAACCUCUACGCCAGCAUCGGCUUCCUCACCUGCAUCAGCGUCCACCGCUACCUGGGCAUCGUGCACCCGCUGAAGGCGCGGGGCAGGUGCCAGGGGAUCACCUCUUCGGCAUGGCUCAGUGCUAUGGUCUGGGUGUGGGUCAUCGCGCAGGUGGCUCCCGAUUUGGCCUUUAGCAAGAUGGACGACACAGGGACACGGUGCCAUGACACGACGGGGCACGAGAACCUGGGUGUUUACUUGCCGUACACUGCAGCUGUCACUGUGACAGGGUUCGCCAUCCCGUUCCUCAUCAUCAUCGGAUGCUACGGCCACGUGGUGGUGGUGCUCUGCAGGAACAACACCGUGGACCUCGGCCUCAGGAGGAGAAGCAUCAGACUGGUGGUCCUUGUGAUGGUCCUCUUCUCCAUCUGCUUCCUCCCAUACCACAUCUUCAGAAACCUCAACUUGCUGUCUCGAGGCUGGCAGCUGCAAGGCUCUUGCACACAGACUUUAAAGAACAUCUAUGUCUGCUACCAGGUGACCCGGGGUCUGGCCAGCUUCAACAGUGCCCUCAACCCCCUGCUCUACUAUUUCUCAGUCCAGCGUCCAAUGCCGCGGUCUGAGCUGGUUAACAUCCCCCCAGCUCCCCGGUCGAUCAUCUUGCUUCUCAAUGAAUAA